CGUAUAUACAUCAAAAUUCAGUCAACGUUCCUUGUUUGAGAAUGGUAAAUAAACAAAUUAGGAAAAAAAAUAUAAAAGGCGCUGGAGAAGUUAAUUCAUUUUUUUAUAUAUAGAGACAGAAAAAUAAGGAAAUCAAUUAUGGAAAAGAAAAAUAAUUUCAACAGGAAACUACCAAUUCAUAUAGUUUUAGAAAUCCUUACCUAAAAGGUAUCUGAUUUUCAAUGUCUCCUAUAAAAAAUAAAUAUAUUUACUCCAAAUUUUUAAUUUCAAAGCAAAAUAUACUUGUUGAAGAAGAACCCGAAAGAAGAAAAAGAAACACAGAGGAAAUUUAGGAGAAUGGGCACAGGGAAGAAGAAAAUAGAGAUCGAGAAAAUUAUAAAGGAAACUUCUAGAAUGGUUACAUUCUCGAAAAGACGGAAAGGACUUUUUAAAAAAGCUAAAGAAUUUGAAUCCAUGACGGAUUCUCGUGUUGCUUCAAUUGUAUUGUCACCCACAGGAAGGCCUUAUACUUGUGGAGACGUUGAUUAUGCUAUAAAAAAACAUUUUUCUAGUAGCAGAUGUAUGGAAUUAUUAAUGUCAGACAUGAAUUCUCGUGAUUCUAAUUCUGAUAUUGUUAUUUAUGGUGAAACUUCGGGAUUGAAAUCAUCUUCAACUCCGAAGAGAAAUAGUCUCCGCAAUUGGGUGGAGGGUAUAGAUAUUGAACAAUGUCAAAAUUUGAAUCAACUCUUAAUGUGGAAGGAACAAUUGGAAGGAACAAAAGAAAAGAUUGCUUCCAUUGAAGACGUUGAGGCGUUUGAAGCUUUGUUUGUUUAA